CCAACCAAUGCACCUCUGUGUAUUUUUUGGAUAAUCUAUGAUGCAAACCUUCAGUCAGCCUCCGAGUCAGCCAACUGCUUUCGGCUCAGGUCAAAACCAACAUUUUUAUCAUGCCCAACCACUGUGAAGCGUACCGCCCUCGCCUGUCAUUCAUUCAUCUUUCAUGAUAAUGCCUUCGGAUGCUUAUUGUCCACCUGGCGGUCUUAUCAACCACCCUCCCAUUCACAAUCAGCUUUGCAUCUCGCUGUCUGACCCGACUCCUGUGACAACAAAGCUCUUAAACUUACGCCAGGUGGCCCACCAACGCAAGCAGGAGGAAGCUGUGAACUCGAAAUACCAACCUAGUACGAAUGCGAUGCGGUUCCUCACAAAGAUCAGAUCAUUCUGCCCUAUUUCGUUUGGAACGCACGGAUCUCUCUCUGCGAACGGUUCAUCGCCAGCUUGUAUUUCGCUGUACGACUCAACUCUUGGAACAACUGAGGUCGUUACCUUACCCCAGGUGACCCGCCAACGCAAGCAGGAGGAAGCCAUCAACUCGAACCGCCGACCUGGCGAGACUCCAAUGAGAUACCUCACAAAGAUCUGCACAAGUGCGUUUGGGAAGCUUGGAUCCCUCUCUACGAACUGUGACCAACCAUCGUACAACUGUCUGUCUGAUGCCUUGGAGACUAUCAUAACCAUCCACUCUGUUAGUUCGUUGGCAACGACAGAUGCGGACGACACCUUCGUCACCGCGGAUGACUUGUCUGUAUCUCUCUGUCCUGUGUUGUUCUGCCACGCUUACAUAUAUCGACGUAGCAUCCACGUCUCCAAUCUCUCACCCCUAGCAAGUGAAGUUGUCAGAGAAGAACUCUACAUCCGCGGUUAUCUCAAACGACCUAAUCAGGGCAAUCAUUUUCUCCGCCAUCCACAGUGUAUUGUUGUUUCACGGCUACUCCAGGUACUCCAUGACCGUUGGCCGAAGCAAGUCGCAGCUGUCCCCGUAUCUUCCAAGAUUCCUCAACACUCGUCUCCACGGGCCAUUGGCCGGCGUGGGGGACUCACAGUUGCAGAGGCGCUCAAGUCUACCAAUAUUGAGAAGAAUCCUCAUACGCCCACUCCGACGAGAUCGUCUUCUAGUGACCAGUCAAUCUACUGGUCUUGCCAGUCACCACAGACGGUCAUUGAUUCAUCUCCAUCUCCCUUUGUCCAAGAAAGUCCUACGUCGACCACCCAGUUUUGCGAUUUCUGUGAAUACUCGUACAUCACGUCGCAUACUACACCUCCCUCGUCACCGGAGCUCGCGGGCCUCAAUGAGAAUGAGAAGGACGUUCUGGGUAUGAUGAGCUCCUCUGAAGUAGCUCUGUGGUCCUUGGCGCCCCGAGUUGCGUUGAUGAAGGCGAAGUGUUCGCGUGUGGAGGUGGAUGCGAGGAGUUUUCAAAGGUUGCGGUACGGAGAAGUUGACGACCACCGUCUUGCCUGAUUUUUGUGGCUUUUCUGCUCACCAGAGCUCGAAUAGUUUGUGUUCGUUCUUUAUAUAUCUUCUCUUUGGUUUCAUGAUACGGACUCUAUGUCCUCAUGCCGUGACUUGGAAAUAACGCUUGGCAUUUGUUAGAGCUUUUACUCUGUGGCGCUAUUGGGCCUAACACCGCACCGCUUCUCGCUUGGCACUCACCCCCUCUAUAUGCUACCCGUGGAGAAGGGUCGACGGCU